UUUCCGUUUUCAAACUCUUCAAGAAGAAGUCCCCACUCGUUCGUCUUCUUCCUCCUCCGCCCACCUGCAACUUCCACCGCCACCGCCAACAAUCGGAAAUGGAUCCAAGACGCAGCUCCUUCUCCACUUCGAGAGCCAGAUAGGACGAAGAGGGUUCUCUCUUCCUCUCUCUCUGUAAGCCAAUGAGGAGGCUCAACAAGAAUGUCAACGACCCUGAUGAGCCAUCGAAGCAAUCCGACCCGGAUGAUGCUCCGACCCUCCCGAGAGAUCCGGACAAGAGACCCGGGUACGGCCCAAUGCGGGUCAUGGGUGUGUUCGUCGUCUGCUUGAUGGCCACGUCGGUCGUGUUUUCUCUGUCGGUGGUGCUCAGAGACCCGCCCACGAACGGUGUUCCUGCAGAAGGGAGGAGAGUUCAUGAAGUCACAGCCCCUGAAGAUGAAGUUGCCUCUCAUACUGUGGAGGAGCAAAAGAAUGAACUGCUUGGUGGCUUGCUUGCUGCUGGGUUUGAUGAAGGAUCGUGUCUCAGUCGAUACCAAUCAGUUUUAUUCCGCAAGGAGUCAAAGCACAAACCUUCUUCUUAUCUUAUCUCUAGAUUACGAGGCUAUGAAGCUCUCCAUAAGCGAUGUGGACCUCAUUCCAAGUCCUACAAGAGAACCUUGGAAAUGCUCAAAUCUGGCCAUUCCACGGGAAUCUCAGACUGUAAAUAUGUUAUAUGGAUUUCCUUUAGUGGAUUAGGGAAUAGGAUAUUGACUCUAGCUUCAGCAUUUCUCUACGCGAUUCUCACGAACCGCGUUCUUCUCACUGACCCUGGAGUGGAUAUGACCGAUCUCUUCUGUGAGCCGUUUCCAGAGGUUUCAUGGUUCCUUCCUUCGGAUUUUCCCCUUAGAGACCAAUUCAAUGGCCUCGAUCAAAACUCCCCACACUGUUAUGGAAAGAUGUUAACCAGUAACACCUUAAGUAAGUUGGAGAUACCAUCUUUCACGUAUCUCCAUCUUGUCCACGAUUACAAUGAUCAUGAUAAGCUUUUCUUCUGCGAUGAAGACCAGUCUUUUCUCCAGAGCAUACCCUGGUUGAUUAUGAGGACAGACAAUUACUUUGUUCCAUCUCUCUUCUUGAUCCCUUCGUUUGAGCGAGAAUUGGACAACCUCUUCCCAGAAAGGGAAAAUGUUUUCCAUUUCUUGGGACGAUAUCUUUUCCACCCUACAAAUUCUGUAUGGGGACUCAUAAGAAGAUAUUAUCAAACUUAUUUAGCUAAAGCAGAUGAAAGGAUCGGGAUUCAAAUCCGAGUCUUUGAUACUGGAGUUGGUCCAUUUCAGCAUGUUCUGGAUCAGAUCCUAGCUUGUACUGCAGGGGAGAAUCUGCUACCAAGGACAAUUGAGGAAGGAUCCCCAGAGGUUACAUCCUUGAAUCGGAAAUCAAAAGCCGUGCUAGUGACAUCUUUAUCGUCUGGUUAUUUUGAGAGGAUAAGAGAUAUAUACUGGCAUUACCCGACAACCACAGGAGAGGCAGUUAGUAUUGUGCAGCCGAGUCAUGAAGAAUAUCAACAAACCGAGAAGGAAAUGCACAAUAGGAAGGCAUGGGCAGAGAUGUACUUGUUGAGUAUGACCGAUGUGUUGAUCACGAGCUCUUGGUCAACUUUCGGUUACGUGGCUCAAGGUCUUGGAGGUUUGAAGCCAUGGAUCCUCUACAAGCCUGAGAAUGGAACAGCUCCUGACCCACCCUGCCGCAGAGCAAUGUCCAUGGAGCCUUGUUUUCACGCGCCUCCAUUUUAUGAUUGCAAAGCUAGACGAGGGGUCGAUACUGGUGAGCUGGUACCCCAUGUGAGGCAUUGCGAGGACAUGAGCUGGGGCCUUAAACUUGUUGAUUCUCAUGAUAAUUGAUAGAUGCAUUUUUGCAUUUUAAGUGGAUUCAUUGCAGUAGUACUCAGCUGUUAUAAUUGCAGAUGUUCCUGGUAAGUGGCAACACUAUCACGUGGUACUAGUCCUUCAAACAGGCAGUGACCGUAUCUGAGCAAUCAUUCUGGAAAAGAGAGUUUUGCGAGUCUGGAACAUGAUCCUCAGCUGGAAGUUUUAUCAAGUGCUCCGGUCACAGAAAAGUCGAUCUUGGCAGACUUCUGUUUGCUAGCAAAGCAAUUCAUUAACUACUCUUGCCGGAUACAUGAAUACGUGCCGCCAUAGUUGAGAAGGUGGCAACUUCUGCUGAAAGAGAGAGUUUUUACGAGGCAUAAGUGGUUUGUAAAGAGUUUCAACCGAGAUGAAUGUGGGCGUUUAGUGGAAUUCAAAUACAUAUUUUCGAGCAGUGUAAGUUUGUUUGUCAUCUGACAGAUCAAUUGUUUGCGAGAAUCUGUACCCAUGUACACCAUUGUUACAGGUCGAUUGUCCCAUGUCUGAAUUUUGUUUAGUUUUUUCA